CAUCUCUCACUCCCUGUUUGGCUGUCAUAAAUUCAACGCGAAUCCAAACACUACUUCUAGUUUCAUUUUGUCUUCUUUUCUCUUUUCCCAAUCGUUCCGGCACCAAGAGGAUAACCCACCUUCAAAUUGUUAUAGUCCGAGCGUUCAAUUUUCUUGAGGUUGUUGCUCCACACAAAUCAAGUUGCUGAUGUUGACUGCAAAUAUUGUUGCCUCCUCGCAUCAAUUUGUACUAGGGAAAAGAGAGGGUCAAUGCAGCAGGCAUACUCGGCUUACUCGAUCUAAUCUCGUGAAGGUUUUCAUUUCAUUUGAACAGCUCAAUGGGAAAAUGCGACCACCUGAAAUUGCUAGAACUAGACCGUUGGGGCUUAGUGCCCAAAUUUUGCCUAUUGAUAAAAGAAGACCUCUCAUGCAUUCUUCUCGAACACAGUCUGCUUCUGUUAGAUGUUAUUCUGUGUUGAAUGCAAGAUGUGGUGCAGAGCAAACUCAAACUGUUACACGGGAGGCCCCAACAAUUACUUACAUUCCUGGCAAGGAAAAGUCACCUCAACUUGAUGACGGCGGGUCCGGAUUACCACCUCGUGAUGAUGGUGAUGGUGGUGGUGGAGGUGGCGGAGGCAGAGGCAAUUGGUCGGGUGGGUUCUUCUUUUUUGGAUUUCUUGCUUUUCUAGGCUUUUUAAAGGAUAAGGAAAGUGAGGGGGCUUAUCGGGAUGAAAGAAGAAGAUGAGGAAAGGUUUGGAAGUCCUAAUUAGUUUUGGGGAGUAUUUUCAUCCAGCAUUCUUUCUGUAUCGAGUUUCCUAUAAAGUAACUUAUAAAAAAAAAAAAGAGUUUCCUAUAAA